CCAGGCCAGGAGAAAGAUUUGUGAACUGUGAAAGCCGAUUUAUCAAUAUAAAAAGAAUAAUUUUCAAAAUUCGACUUUACUUCUUAGGCGGUGCGCUCAUUGCGCCUUUUAUUUUACGGAGACUACAACGUGUUGCCAUGGCUGAAGGAGGCCAUGAUCAUGGAAUUACUUAUACAAAGUCAAUAAAGGAAGGCAAUGUGUAUAAAAAUCCUUGGGGAGAUGGCGAUAUACCAUCAUUUCUUCAAGCAAGGCAUUUUCUCACAGAACAAAAUUUGAGCAAUGUACCUGGAAAAGAAGAGCUGGACAAGACACUUCCAGUUCGUAAACUAAGCCCAGAUGUAUCCAGUCCCCCUGAAGAAGGGAUAAGGAUUACCUGGAUAGGCCAUGCCUCAGUCUUAGUCCAAUUUGACGGCUUCACUAUCCUGGCUGAUCCAAUUUUUAGCAACAGAUGCUCAUUUGUAAGCUUUGCUGGCCCAAAGCGAUACCGCCCAACCCCUUGUACUGUGGAUGAGUUACCAGAAAUUGAUGCUGUUUGUAUCAGCCACAAUCAUUAUGACCACCUUGAUGUGCAAACAGUGAAAGAUUUAAAUGCUCGAUUUCCACAAUUGCAAUGGUUUGUCCCUGCAGGCUUGAAAGGCUGGAUGAACCAAACAGGUGUAACUACGAAUGUUAAUGAGUAUGAAUGGUGGGAAGGAAAGGAAAUUACUAAGACCUCUAAUCAUGUCACUUAUAGUAUGAACUUUGUGUUUACUCCAACAAAACAUUGGUGUAAUCGUGGAUUGUUUGAUCGAAAUAAAGUCUUGUGGGGAAGCUGGGCCAUAAUAGGUCCGAGAUAUAGAAUGUACUUUGCUGGUGAUACCGCAUAUUGUGCAGGAUUUAAGCAGAUUGGGCAUAAGUAUGGUCCUUUUGAUUUGGCAGCUAUACCUAUAGGUGCCUAUGAACCAAGAAAGAUGAUGGAAAAGCAACAUGAUCCUGAAGAAUCUGUGAAAAUUCAUCAGGAUGUCAAGGCUAAAAAAUCUCUUGGAAUUCACUGGGGAACUUUUGUAUUGACGUAUGAGCAUUAUUUGGAUCCCCCUAAAAAAUUAAAAGAAGCUCUCUUGAAGGCAGCUAUACCUGAAGAAGAUUUUUUCACACUUCAUCAUGGUGAAACAAAACUAAUCAUUCCUGAAAUUUCGCCAUAGCUUGUUGUCUAUGCCAUGAAUUAGUAAAUAUAUCAAUGUGAACUCCAGUAAAACUAACAAAAAUAAAUUUCAGCUCAGUUGUGAUAGAUAAUGAUAAAGUUUAUAGUGCUAAUCUGGGGUUAAAUAUUAAUCUGCUGUAAUGGUUCACGUGCUUGAGUGCUUCUGCACCGCUGUUCAUUUCAAAACUUUACAAAAUAGACUUCCAUUGAUCCAGAAAAUAUUUAUGGAAAAACAUAUUUAACAUCCUAAACAAUCGAUUAACGUAACCGACUUUGAACAACGUUUGCCUAAUUUAAAGUAUUACUGGCAAUUUUCUUUAUUGUAUUACAAUUAACAUUCCAUGUUGCGUUAAGUCGUCAACAACCAAUCAGAAUCCUUUCUGAUUUCAAUCAUCUCGGAGCCUUCGUUACCUCGCUAGAGGAUCGAGUGCUGGAAGAGACUUCUAGUCUAGCCUAUGUCGUAGGCUAUUUCUAGUCUGUGGCCGGUUGUAUUAUUAAGCCUUAUCCAAGCCCGUUUAGCUUAAACGGUGGACACGUUCAAAAUAGAAAGUAAGUUUAACAACCGAACUAAAUAUUUGUGUCCUUAAUAAUACAAAGAUACUGUCUACAACUACAUAUUCAGUACAUGAUAUUCAAGUAGACUCAUUCAAGAGAGAUCUAAGAGUGUUAUUUAAUUUUGACUUAUCCACGUUUAAGCUAAACAGGCUUGAUACGACGGGCCCUGGUCUUGAGUUCAUUUAUUUAAACAAAAAAAUCACGCUAUUGUUCUUUCCACGCAACUGAAAUUUUUAUUUACAUCGUGAUUGUGUCGCAUUGUUAAUAUUGGAACGCAUCACCUUGUCAUUGUUUCAAAGUCGGUGAUAUACACGGCAAUAUCACGUACGUGCGUAUCGGCAUACAGCCAAAAUAGCGACUGCAAAACUGAAAAUUUGCAAAAGACCGACUGAUCUGUGCCUGUGCAUGGUGAAGACGGACUACUGAAAACUACAUUUCAAAUUUUCAUAUGAAGCCGAUUUUUUUAGAUUUUCUAGGACAAAAGAA